AUGCAGCUAGAGGCCAUGCAGAUUAGCUUCGGGAUCCUCCUGGCGUUGACUUGCCUUGUCACAGCCGAAAUUCAGGCAACAACCGAUAUUUACAAAAUAUUCCGUCCUGUUCUGUCCUCGGAGGCUCAGAUUUACCUAGCUAGCGAGUCCGACGUGGAACACGUGGUCCCUAGAUGGUCCACGUACAAGGAGCCGUCGUACAUAGCCACAAUCAAGCCGGCUUGUGAGGAAGAUGUCCAGAGUAUUAUCACGGCUGCGUCCUCCCAUGGAAUCCCCUUUUUUGUUACGGGUGGGGGUCAUAGUGUUAAGAUUGGAUUUGCCACGGUGCAAAAUGCGGUGAAUAUCGAUAUGAGCAAUCUCAAAUCGAUUGACCUGGACCUCGCGAACAACUUGGUGACCGUAGGGAGUGGGGUAGAGAAUGGCCCGGUCUAUGACCUCUUGUCUUCUGUUGGAAAGGAAACCCCUCUUACUGAUGACCGCUGCAUUAAUACGGUCGGCCCAACGCUUGGAGGCGGGCUUAGUGCACUUUACGGUAUCCAUGGGCUACUGCUUGACUCGCUCGUGUCUGUUCGCCUUGUGACAGCUUUUGGUGACGCAAUUACUGUCUCUAGCACUGAACACCCAGACCUUUUUUGGGCCAUACGUGGUGCCGGUUUUAACUUUGGCGCCAUCACAUCUGCCACUUACCAGUUAUACGACCAAACCAAUCAUGGGACUCGUAUUCAAGCCGACUUUAAACACUCGCCGCAGAGUAAUCGCUCCGUUAUUGAGUUAUUUCACUCCAUGGACGAUGAAUUUCCUCCGGAGCUAUAUACGAGUUUGACAUUCAGCUACAGCCGUACCCUGCAUCAGCCCUCAAUUUCUUCGACGCUCUCAUUCGUUGGGCCUCCAUCAGCUGCCCAGCCGUGGAUUGACAAGUUCCUGGCAAUAGAUCCAAUCGAAGCGUCUAUCAAAAUCAUCCCUUGGCACCAGAGGGAUGAACCGGGAGAGCCUCUCUGUGCGAGGGGAGACCAUUACAGCGUCUACGACGUUGGUCUUCGCCAAACAGACCCAGCAGUUUUGGAGUCAUAUUUGAAUCAUCUCACCCAAUUCUCUGCUUCCAACAUCUGGUUUGACAGCAAGAUGGUGAUGGAACGGCAUGCUACGGACGCUGUUCAGGCAGUACCAGAGAGCGAGAGGGGAGUGUACCCUUGGCGUGAUACCAAAUACGACGUGUAUUUAUUGGCAAAAACUCCUACUGCAGAGUAUGAUGAUGCCAUGAAUGCAUUCAUGCAGCCUGUUAGACAAGAAUUCCACGACACAAUGGGCUUUGACACAUUGCAUGUAUAUGUCAACCAGGCCUUCGGGGAUGAAGGCCCCGAAGCGUGGUAUGGAGCGCAUAACUUGCCGAGAUUAGUCGCCUUGAAGCAACAAUGGGAUCCGGAAAAUAAAUUUGGAGCUGGUUCCCCAGUGCCACUAAGCCUUGACUAG